CUGGGCCCCGCAUUCACUCUCUCCGCUCUCCCCGGGCACCGCAUUCACUCUCUCCGCUCUCCCCGGGCACCGCAUUCACUCUCUCCGCUCUCCCCGGGCACCGCAUUCACUCUCUACGCUCUCCCCGGGCACCGCAUUCACUCUAUCCGCUCUCCCCGGGCCCCGCAUUCACUAUAUCUGGUCUCCCACAGACCCUGCAUUCACUAUAUCCGGUCACCCCGGACCCUGCAUUCACUAUAUCCGGUCUCCCAGGACCCUGCAUUCACUAUAUCCGGUCACCCCGGACCCUGCAUUCAUUACUAUAUCCGCUCUCCCCGGACCCUGCAUUCACUAUAUCCGGUCUCCCCGGACCCUGCAUUCACUAUAUCCGGUCUCCCCGGACCCUGCAUUCGCUAUAUCAGGUCUCCCCGGACCCUGCAUUCGCUAUAUCAGGUCUCCCCGGACCUUGCGUUUGCUAUAUCCGCUCUCCCCGGAUCCCGCAUUCGCUAUAUCCGGUCUCCCCGAACCCUGUAUUCACUAUAUCCUGUCUCCCCGGACCCCUGUAUUCACUAUAUAUCUGGUCCUCCACAGUGCACACAACAUUAUCUUAGUAAAUAUAGACUGCUAAAUACCUUUUCUCAUCAGCAGUACAUAGCAGUCAUGUGA